AUGAAAAUUAGUCAAUUAUCCCGACAGGUGGAUGCUUUACCUAGUUCAAAUGGAGUAUUUAUUGGUAACACAAUUUAUAACCCUAAGAAUGAAACUUGUAAAGCUUUAGAGUCAUGGUAUGGAAGGAACAAUAAUUUGGAAAAGGAGGAGAUAAUGGAAGAGGUAGAAGUUGAUAAUGAACAAGAAGUGAAUGAAAACACUAGUGACUCAUCUUUCAGAGGAGUCAUAAAUGAUCAACUUAUAGAUAGAAACUCACCCUCGAGGAGGACUAAGAAACAUGUCUUAAACGACCAUAGUCCCGAGCUGCCCCACUAUAUCAAAUCUCAUUAUACCAUCCGCAAGAAGAAACCAAAAGAGGAAAAUGAAGUAGGUAAUUUCUAUCCGGUAAGGAGAAAAAGAAAUAAGCUGAACAUGGUGGUGGACAUGAAAGGAGACACUGAGAAUUCAUUAAUUCUCAGAAGGCCAUUCCUUGCAAUUGGUAAGGCACUGAUUGAUAUGGAAUCAAGUGAGCUCAUGUUACAGUUUAACAAUGAACAUGUGACUUUUAACGCUUAUGAGCUGACGUAA